UUUUGUUUUUCUGAUCCACAAGACCCCUCCAAAUCUGCAUGAUCCAGUGACAAAGGCUUUGUGGAGAUAAGGUGAUAAGCCCACGUGGCACUCUUCAUCUCUCUUCUCCCCUCGAGACCCGAGUGGUGCUCUCCAGGCUCCGCCACUUUCUCUCUUUCCCACUGCUCAUCGAUUCCCCUGGUACUGAUUUAAGAGUUUGCACUUUAACUAAAAUUACAUAUCGGCGCUGACCAUUCCCUCGAUCCCUUCUUUAGUUUACCAUUGAAUGCAGCAGCAAAAUUAACCCACCUUCUACUUUUUCAUAAAAGAGAGAAAAAAAAAAUCCCCUAACCAUCUGCCAAUCAAGAGUAGCUGCAGAGCCAUGGCCUCAUCAUUCCUUCUGACGACUCCGCCCACCAAGAAACCCACAUGGGCCUUCACUUCCGUCCCAUCCUGCAGAGCAAUUGUUGCUUCAGCUGGCAAUAAUGCCAUGCGGACCAAUGUGACUCGCCGAGAGCUGGGCAUUUUUAUAGGAGCAGGGACGGUGCUACUUGUGCCACUACUACCUGCGGCAAUGGCUGCCUCAGAUGAAGAGUACGUGCGGGAGACCACAGAGGUUAUCGGCAAGGUCCGGUCGACCAUUAACUUGAAUAAAACAGACCCAAAUUUGGCGGCUGCUGUGGCUGAUUUACGCGAGGUCUCCAACACUUGGGUGGCCAAGUACCGCAGGGAGAAAGCUCUCCUCGGUAGGGCCUCCUUCCGUGACAUGUACUCGGCUCUCAAUGCCGUCUCAGGCCAUUACAUUAGCUUCGGGCCUACAGCACCCAUUCCUACCAAGCGCAAGGCCAGGAUUCUGGAAGAGAUGGAUACUGCUGAGAAAUCCCUCCUCCGCGGACGCUAGGGAACCCAACCAAGCUUUAUACCUAGGCAUGCAUCCUCUCUCUUAAUCUCAUUUCAUCUAUUUUAUCUCCUACAUGUGGGCAAAUUUUUGGCAUAUAUCAUCAUCCACUGCGGGACUGAUGCUUUAUAUAUAUAUAUAUAUGUGGUCUUUUCCCUUCUCA